AUGUCGCUCCCGACCCUCGCACUCCCCGGCCAGCCGCUCGGGCCCGCCAACAAGUACGCGCCGGGCCCGGGCAUCCACAUCCAAGACGCGCAGCUGUGCGCGUCGCUGCUCGGCCCCGUCAGCGAGACGAAGCCGCUCAAGCGUGCCGCUGCCGGCGCCUCCACGACCACCUCGUCCAUGCCUGCGCUCUCCGUUGCGCGCCCACAGACUGGUUCCUCUGCCGCCGUGUACGCGAGCAUUGGCGCGUCCAACAUCCUGCCUGAGGUCGAUUCCAUUGUGUUGGCACGCGUGACGCGCUUGACGCCUCGCCAGGCGACAGUCGAGAUACUGGUUGUUGGUGAGACGGUGUGCAGGGAGGGCUUUCAGGGUAUCAUCAGAAGGGAGGACGUCCGCGCAACGGAGAAGGAUAGAGUCAAGAUUGGGGACAUGUUUAGGGUCGGGGAUAUCGUGAGGGGUGUCGUGAUUUCUCUGGGAGACCAGCAGAAUUACUAUCUAUCCACGGCCACUAACGAGCUCGGCGUUGUCAUGGCGAGGAGCGAGGCCGAGAACCAGAUGUACCCGAUCAGCUGGAAGGAAUUCAGAGAUCCUAAGACGGGUAUGACGGAGAGCAGAAAGGUCGCGAAGCCCUUCUGA